GAGAAGGGAGAUUGGUCUAGUUGCCCAUGUUCAAGAGGCCUGGAAAACUUCAGUUUUGAAAAGCUUUUAAAACAUUUUAUCUUAUGAAAUAUUUAAAAGUCCUUAAAACUGCUCACUUGUGCAGAAAGUGCAGACUUUCCUGAACUCAUUGGCUGGUUCCAGUGAGAUUCUGUGGCUGCUGUGGCAUGACAUCCCCAGAAAAGUACAUGCUUGCGCACCACUUGGAACAGGAGCCUGAGAGCUGCAACAUAUCUGGAUAUGGGUGACCUAAACCAGAAUGUUUACCAUGUCUCUGGGAACUUUCCUUCUUCCUGCUCUCUGUUUCCUGGGGGCAGUGAUUCCAAGGGGACUGCAGUAUGUCACCUUUUCACACAAUACCACAAAAUUCCUUCACCUGACUAUGGAUUCUGAGUCUGGGACCCUUUAUCUGGGGGCCACCAACUUUCUUUUCCAACUAACUUCAGACCUGAUGAUGGAGAGCGCAGUUCAAACUGGGCCAGUUUUGGACAGCAAAGAUUGUCUCCCCCCUGUCUCAAAGCUGGAAUGUCCCCAGGCACACAACACUGACAAUCACAACAAGUUGUUACUGGUGAACUCUGUGCAGGAGGAGCUCAUUGUGUGUGGCAGCGUGCACCAGGGGAUCUGUGAAAAAAGAAGCCUCACAUCCAUUGACCACGUUCUCUUCCGACCGGAGAGCCCUGGAGACACUCAGUAUGUGGCUGCAAAUGACCCAAAUAUCACUACUGUGGGACUCGUAGGCCACUCAAAAGAUGACAUGCCCCUGCUGUUUGUGGGACGAGGGUAUACCAGCAGAGGGGUUGGAGGGGGUAUCCCUCCUAUCACCACCCGAAAUCUCAGGGCCCAUGCGGGGGACAUGCAAGGGGCAGACUCCCACUCCAUUUUCUCCUAUGAAGAAACGGCUAAGUUGGCUGUGGGUCGGCUCUCCGAGUAUAACCACCAUUUCAUCAAAUCCUUUAUCCAUCGCUCCAGCGUUUACUUCCUGUUUUAUCGCCGGGAUCUGAAGUCCCAGUCACGGGAAUACAAGACCUACAUCUCACGAAUCUGUCUGGAUGACUCUCACUAUUACUCCUAUGUGGAAUUACCACUACUCUGUAGGAGCAAAGAGAAAACAUACAGCAUACUGCAGGCUGCUUAUGUCACCGAACCCGGCAGUGAUCUGAGAAGAGGGAGAUUCAGCACCCAAGGAGAAGUGCUGUUCGCUGCCUUUUCUGCCUGGCAGGCUUCAUCUGGCAAACUGAGUGAGGAGUCUGCACUCUGUGUCUAUACAAUGGAGGAAGUGGACCGUCUGACCACUCGGACCAGGGAUGUUUGUUAUACGAAGGAUGGGAAAUCAGAGGAGGGGAUAGAAGUGGCAUAUAUCGAAUAUGAUGUCAGUUCCAACUGUGUCCAGCUGCCAGCGGACACUUUGGACGCGUACCCCUGCGGCUCGGACCACACCCCCAGUCCCAUGGCCAGUCGGGUGCCUCUUGAAACAGCCCCCACCCUGGAGAAGCCGGAGGCCCGUCUGACUGCUGUGGCCGUGAAUGUGGAAGAUGGCCACACCAUUGCUUUUCUGGGGGACAGCAGAGGCCAACUGCACAAGGUGUAUUUAGGAGCAAUGGGAGAAGCUAAUACAUAUGCUUCUCUAGUCAUCCACUUGAACAGCAUGGUGAGUGGAGACCUGCUAUUUGACCAGUCGCAGCAGAACCUGUACGUCAUGACCCAGUCAAUGCCAUCGUCGCAAUCCCUGUGCACCACAUCUACCUACAGUGUCCUUCAAUCCUCAGCUCUCUCUCCAGGGAGGGUGGUAAAGGUUCCCAUAUUAGAAUGUUCACAGUACUUGGAUUGUGAAUCGUGUUUGACACUGAAAGAUCCAUACUGUGGCUGGUGUGUUCUCCAGGGACGGUGCAGUCGUCGCUCUGAGUGCUCCAGAUCCAUAGUGAGUGAGCAGUGGCUCUGGAGUUUUAAUUCUACAAAGCAAUGUUUAUCCAUCCAGUCACUAAGCCCAGCUAAUAUCAGCAGAGAAGAAAAGAGAAAUAUUUUCCUGACUAUCUUGGAUUUACCAUCCUUGCAUGAGGAAGAAUCAUAUUCUUGUUACUUUGAAGACUACGAGAGUCCAGCAGUUCUGACAGAGUCAGGCAUCGUGUGUCCCUCCCCAGAUCCCAGCCAAGCACCAGCUUUGAAAACAGGAACAGAGCACAUAACUUUAAAGCUAGUGGUGCGUUUCCAUGAUGUCUUCAUUGCUUCCGUGGAUUUCUCUUUCUAUGACUGUGCCGCAGUAGCCUUGCAGUGGAAGUCAGCACCGUGUCAGGGAUGUGUGAGCAGUCAGUGGGGAUGUAACUGGUGUAUCCACCAACACCUCUGCACCCACAAAGCAACUUGUGAAGAGGGGACCAUUAUCUACAAUGAGAGGACACAAAUUCCAACCUCAAGUCCAUUUCUUUCUUCAGCUGCUUCCACCACCAUGACCUUCACCAACACACUCACUGGGGCCACCAAACCCAUCACUCCCCCAGUCACUAUGGUGGUGACCCACACUCCCAUCACAGAGUCAGUCCCCACCACUCUGCCUGCAGUCUCUGCCAUGACUGCUUAUCCUACAGGGACCUUUAGCCACACACGCGCAGCAACUCCAACUACAGCCAUUCUCACCUUUCUCAAGACCACCACUGAAUCCACGGUGCUACCCCUAACAGACAAGCCCACUACUACCAGUCUUGCCACAAAUCCUACUGUAGCAUCUGUCACUACCAGUCCAGCAGAGACUGCAGACCAUACAGCUCUGCCUACCUCUGAACCAGCCCCAGAAGCGUGGUUCACUGACCCACCCACCACUGCUGCCUUCAAUACUCUGCAGCCAGUUGUGACAGCAUUAACCCCCGCCCCUGACAUCACAAAUUCCACAUGGUCUCCCACUACUUCUUUACCAACCUCUGAGGCAUCCACAUCUGCCAUCCCAUCUCCUUUCACUCCCAAUCAAAAUUCAAGUGCCACCACCUCCUCUGCUGAUUUCCCAGGAGACCUAGAGACAGAACUACCUCCCUCUGAGGUCCCAUCUUCAGUCCUUCCUGACUGGCUACUUGGGGAAGGCACAGAGCUCAAGGAUACAGAGGAUUGGAUGGAUUCACUGCAGACCGAGAAUGAUACGUCACCCUUCUCUGCUUCCACUCUUCUCUCAGGCGAUGGAGACUCUUCAGAGAGGGAUGGCCCUGAUUUCCCCAGAAUCCUGCACCCUGGUUUUGACUAUCAGUAUGAUGCCCCUGGAUUUUUGGAGUUGAAUGAGGAGUUUAGCUGGGGUCCUGGAGCCUGUCCCUGUGUGCAGGGCAUUCAGGGAUCCUCUCUGCUCCCAGUCAACGUGAAGCAAAAGAUAACCCUGCUGGGGAAAAACUUCAAUCUGUAUCAGGAUCAGCAAUGGGACUAUGAGUGUGUCCUGAUUGUGGAGGGGAGGACAGUGGUGAUGGAUGCUUAUGUUGAGGGGGAGGAAGCAAACCGAUCACUCUGCUACAUCACGUGUCAGCUACACCAGUAUAGUUACUUGGCACCUCAACUUGAAUUCAGUGCUGUGGUGUUUGUGCAGAGGAAGCAACACCUCCGAGUGGACAGCGCUGUGGAUCUCUACGUAACUCUCUAUAACUGCUCCAUGGGACACUCAGAUUGCAGCCGCUGCCAAACGGCUGACUCCAAGUAUAACUGUGUGUGGUGUGGGGGGCAGCAGCCCAACUGCAUCUUCCGAGGAUCCUGCACAGAAGAGAUAGCGGAUGUAUGUCCUGCACCCCUCAUUUAUUCAGUUUAUCCCCUAUCUGGACCAGUUGAAGGUGGCACUAGACUCACUAUUGCUGGCUCAAACCUCGGCCAGAAACAUCAGGACAUUGCAGAAACCGUUACUGUUGCAGGAAUUCCUUGUGCUGUAGAUGCUCAAGAAUAUGAAAUCUCCAGCAGUAUUGUGUGCAUCACCGGUGGGAGCUGGGCUGAGAGAUCUGGGCACAUUGCAGUGGAAGUACUUGGAGGAGGACAUGGAGUUUCUAGGCACAUAUUUGCCUAUCAGAACCCAGACCUGAAAUCCAUUGCUCCAUCUCAAGGCCCUAAAGCUGGAGGAACCUGCCUGACCCUGCUGGGCUCCAAGUUGCUGACUGGGUGCCCCAGUGAGAUCAGUGUUCUAGUUGGAGACCUCCCUUGCCACAUUCUCUCGGAGGUGCAGGAGAAUCAGCUACACUGUCAGACGAGCCCCAGUAACAUGUCUGUGGAGCUUCCAGUAACUAUCAGAUAUGGACACAGGGAACGGAGAUUAGAGGGUUUCCUCUUCAAAUACACUCUGGAUCCCAAUAUCACUUUUGCAGAGCCGGCCAAGAGCUUCCUCAGUGGUGGGAGAGUGAUCCGCGUUCAUGGACAUAACCUAGAUGUUGUACAAAAUCCAAAGAUCCGGAUUACAGUUUCACCAUCAGAACGCCGCCGGCGAGGGCUGGGGAGAUGGCGUAGGAUCAUGCCAGAAACCGAGUGCCCACAGAAUGCCCUGUGCAGCAUCCAGCAGUUUGAAGAACUAUGUCUCAUUAACUCCUCCUACCUUAUCCUGUGUAAAACUCCGGCCAUUAACCUGCUGUUGCGGAUUGUCCAGGUCAAACUGGAAUUUAUUCUGGAUAAUCUGAGCUUUGAUUUCAAGUCCUUGCAUCCCACACCCUUUUCCUAUGAAGUCAAUCCAAUCCUGAAACCCCUGAAUGCUGAGGACCCUGCCAAACCAUAUCGGCACAAGCCAGGAAGUGUCAUCUCUGUGGAGGGGGAAAAUCUGGACCUGGCCAUUUCCAAGGAGGAAGUGGUGGCCAUGAUUGGGGAAGGGGUCUGUGUUGUAAAAACCCUGACAAGGAAUCAUCUGUACUGUGAACCUCCAUCCGAGCAGCCAGCUCCACAGCACCGCACAAAGCCGGAGGGAACAGACUCGCUCCCAGAGUUUACAGUGCAGAUGGGGAAUUUGAACUUCCUACUGGGCAGAGUGCAAUAUGACACAGAGAGCCAGCUCACCUUCCCCUUGGAGGCCCAGAUUGGCUUGGGUGUCGGAGCCUCCUUUGUCGCUUUGAUUGUCCUGAUCAUUGUCUUCAUCUACAGGAGGAAGAGCAAACAGGCUCUAAGGGAUUAUAAGAAAGUUCAAAUCCAGUUGGAAAAUCUGGAAACAAGUGUUCGGGACAGAUGCAAAAAGGAGUUCACAGACCUGAUGACGGAGAUGAUGGAUCUCACCAGUGACCUUGUUGGCACCGGAAUCCCCUUCCUGGAUUACAGAUCCUACGCAGAACGCAUUUUCUUUCCAGGACACCGUGAGUCGCCGCUGCAGAGGGGCCUGGACAUGCCCGAGUGUCGGCGGCAAACAGUGGAGCAAGGCUUGGUGCAGCUCUCCAACCUCCUCAAUAGUAAACUUUUCCUUACCAAGUUUAUCCACACUCUAGAAAUCCAGCGCACAUUCUCUCCAAGGGACCGGGCCUAUGUGGCAUCCCUUCUCACUGUCUCAUUGCAUGGGAAGCUAGAGUACUUUACUGACAUCCUAAAGACUCUCUUGAAUGACCUCGUUGAGCAGUAUGUGGCCAAGAACCCCAAGCUGAUGUUGCGGAGGACAGAAACAGUAGUAGAGAAGCUGCUCACCAACUGGAUGUCCAUCUGUCUGUAUGCUUUUGUAAGGGACUCUGUCGGCGAGCCGCUGUAUAUGCUCUUCCGUGGAAUUAAGCACCAAGUAGAUAAGGGACCAGUGGACUGGGUAACAGGAAAAGCCAAAUAUACCCUGAAUGAUAACCGACUUCUGCGAGAGGACUUGGAGUACCGGACUCUGACUUUAAAUGCUCUGACUCAAACUGAAGCUACUGUGGGAGAGGCAGAGGAUUCUCAGGGUGUCUCUGUGAAAGUGCUAGACUGUGACACCAUAACACAGGUGAAGGAGAAAAUCCUAGAUCAGAUCUAUAAAGGAACGCCGUAUUGUCUCCGCCCAGACCCAGACUCCCUGGACCUUGAGUGGAGAUCAGGUCUGGCUGGUCACCUGAUCCUUUCGGAUGAGGAUGUGACCUCUGUCAUUCAGGGGACCUGGAAGCGCCUGAACACUCUUCAGCACUACAAGGUGCCUGAUGGAGCAACUGUAGCUCUGGUCCCACGUCUGACCAAACAUAUCCCCAGGGAGAAUCAGGAUUACAUCCCUGGAGAGAAAACGCCGAUGCUGGAAGAUGCAGAUGAGGGUGGAAUAAAACUUUGGCACCUAGUAAAACCAACUGAAGAGCCAGAGCUCCCCAAACACAGGCGAGGAAGCUUACGGGAUCGGGAGCGAGCCAAGGCCAUUCCUGAAAUUUAUUUGACACGUCUCCUCUCUAUGAAGGGGACCCUGCAGAAGUUUGUGGAUGACUUGUUCCAGGUGAUCCUCAGCACCAGCCGCCCUGUGCCUCUGGCUGUCAAAUAUUUCUUUGACCUGUUAGAUGAUCAAGCAAUGCAUCAUGGAAUCCUGGACCCUGAGACCAUUCAUAUCUGGAAGACAAAUAGCCUGCCCCUCAGGUUCUGGAUCAACAUAAUCAAAAAUCCCCAGUUUGUGUUUGAUGUGCAGACGUCGGACAAUGUAGAUGCCGUGCUCCUGGUCAUUGCCCAGACCUUCAUGGACUCCUGUACUAUUGCCGACCACAAGCUGGGGCGGGACUCACCAAUCAACAAGCUGCUCUAUGCCCGGGACAUUCCUCGCUACAAGCAGAUGGUAGAAAGGUACUAUGCGGACAUUCGCCAGACCAUCUCCGCCAGUGACCAGGAAAUGAACUCUGCCCUGGCUGAGCUGUCAAGGAAUUACUCAGGUGAACUCAAUUCGGUGGUGGCUCUGCAUGAACUCUACAAAUACAUCAACAAGUACUAUGACCAGAUCAUCACAGCCUUGGAAGAAGACCCGACAGCCCAGAAGAUGCAGUUGGGAUACCGACUGCAGCAGAUUGCAGCUGCUGUGGAGAACAAAGUCACUGAUUUGUGACCCAGACAAACAGACUGUGAUGCUCUUGGGUGGCUGAACAGAGAUGAAUAGUGCUGCUCACUGGAACUUCAUAGCUUCACACAAGUUGUCCCACUGCCUUUGGAACCAGACGCUCUGGGGAGCUGGCAUGUGACACAAGAGGAGGUGGCCAAGAAAAUGCAAAGUACAAAUGUCCUUACAUCUCAGAGAAUAUUUUUUUACAGAUUUUUUUUCCUUUUUUAAAAUGAACUUUAAACUAUGGGAGUUUCUACAAACCACAGUGAGAGACAGAGAGAGAGAGACCAGGCAGCUUCUUCCCACACGUUGUGAAUGUGCCAAGUUUCCAAACAAUAUUGCCAAGGAGCUGGAUAACACAAGAGCUUCAGAACAAAGCUAAAGACCAUACAUGGCUUCCUGUGAGCCUCUAGCCUCAUUUUGGUACUAAGGAUAGGAGAGACUAGUGCUGUGCCUGCUGCCCUGAACAUUGUAUAACCACCACUGCUAUGAUGGUAAUAGCCCAGGCUACUGCACUCAUGGUAGUGCUGGACAGUCAGUGUGUGAGCUUCCUGAGCCCUCAUGGAACUAGCUGGGGCACUAGGACUGAUGUAGUCUGUUAGGGAUUGGCCCAGGCGUGGUAACCUCUCUAAGGACCAGAGUGUACUCCUCCAGCAUACAGCCCGAGAAGCAACGUGCCUGCAGUUUGGCCCACCUGUUCCAUGGUCUGAGCUGAGGAGCAUCUCCCACAGCAUGACCACCAGUGCACUGGAGGGGUUGUGCCUGGUACCCAGAAGUAUUGAAUGUAGGGAUGAGAAAUAGACUGAGAGGGAGAUCAGAAAAGUCGCUUGGUCCCAGGGUUCUAGUCUUCCUCGCUGCUUGUCCGUGACUCAUGCUAAUGAGACUAACAUGCUCGCCAGUUCCACGUGUUGACCCAGUAGGCUCAACCUAGUCCUAGCAUAAGCAGGCACCAUGCCACUGCCAUCUAUGGAGCUAUACUGGACUGAAUUUAGCAUGGCUUGGGGAGAGGGCAAGGUGAACUUACUGAAGUGCCACUAACUUAGAUGUAUGUCUGACCCUCUGGUUCUCUGUGGUCAGAUGCUGUCCUGUCACUUGGAAAGCACAGUGAAGGCCUUGUACUUAUUUCCUUUCUCUGGCUUGUAGCCAUUUUGGUACUCUGAACUGGAUCUGUAAAUACCCUCAAAAUUACAAAGUAUUUACAUGCUUAAGGGGAAUGUUAAUUUUGUUUUUCUGAGACAAUACUUAACUUGAAUGAGCAUCUCCUUGGACACCAUCAUCAUCACAAACUCCCUAGCUAAGCACUGCCUGUGUCACACUGCUUCUGCAUAGUCUUUGCCCCACUGGGCAGAUCAGGGGCUUAUGAUUUUUUCAGAAACAUCUGGAGUCGCACAGUAAAAUUGGCUUUUCCCCAAAUUUCCCACUAAGCUGAAAUAGUUCAAGGCUCAAUCUCACAGCCAGAUAUACCUUCCUCACCUUUAUCUCUGCCUAAAGUGAAACUCCAAAUACUCCCCUGAAGCUGAAUAUCUUCUUCUCAAAUUCUCCUGUGUGUGGCUCCAGUUUAGUGACCUACUGCACACUUAAAAUCUUAGUGGAAAUCCUGAACUGUUUCCACAGCCCACAGAAGAGCAGAGCAAAGGAACCAAGUGGCCAGGAGCCCCAGUGGAUGAGCACCAGGAUGAGGAGACCAAACAGCGACCAUGCUCUGUAAAUUGACCAGCCCCUCUGGCAGCGUUCCCUCUUUCCAAAUUGAAUGGAACCAAACUCAGGCUCUGCCCUAGUCCCUCCCACCUGAGAUUGUUUCCAUUCUCUCAGAGAGGACUAAAGGAGUUCCCCUCUCUCCGCAUCUAAGCAGGGCUUGAGGUAAUGCUUGCUUCCUUGGGGCUCAAAGGGGAGAGAUUUCUCUCCAUUCCCCCAGCCAUGUCUCCCCAACUGAGCACAUGGGGAGUGUCUUUGGUUUCCUCUUACUCACUUGUCCCCCCCCUGUGGAGCCAGGAAUAGCUCCAGUGCUGAAUGACACCACCCCUACAUUCAGACCAUGUACAGAGUGCAACUUUGACUGCCAAUCCACUCAUUUUGUCUGGAACUGCUGAUCACAUGGAGACGGCUAGUCUCCAGAAAAGAAAUACGGUGUCUCUAUUGUGUGUGUUACCUGGAGGUGCCAGCCAGAUGAGUCUUGUUGGGCUGAGCCCUGUGCAGUCAUACAAUUAAAAAAAAAGCACGGCCCCAGAGAAUUUACAAGCCUAGGUUCAGGCAAAAGUUAAUAGGUGAAAUGAAUGUGCGAGGGAGGACGGAUGGGUAAGAGUGAUGAUGCCAUCUGUGCAGUGCCAAGCAAACCUCCCGGAGUUGGGGAGCAUGAGAUUCAAAACUCUUUUGGCAUCUGUCUUUAUAACUUUUCCAACCAGACACAAGAGCUGGCAGACUUUCCUCUGCUGUUUGUGGCCCAGCAGUGUCUUUGCUUCUCCCACAUUUUGGAAAAUCUUUUAUCUGCGCUCUCACAAAGUCCUAUCAGUCAAUUUGAGAGGAGGGGAAUUCUCUUGUUUAUCCAAGAUUUACAUUAACCUGAAGUCAGAUGUUUGUCUCUGUCACCAACCCCUCCCCGCCAACUUUUGGCUCCUGCUUGAUCCAUCAGCUUCUCUCUUUGAAUUUGCCUGCCAGAACAUGAUGGCAGGCAACACAGGUCAAGGAGCGUACAUCUUUGUCUGCGUACCUUGACCAGGAUUGAGGUGGGGUGUAGGUACCAUUCAGUACUGGAGAUAAGAUUUCUUGUUUCUCCAGGGACGUUCGUGUGAUUUACCCAUAUAACAAUAAUAUUAACAAAAAGAAGUAAUUGAAAAACACUGCAAAAAUGGUGUCAAAAGAAAAUAAAGUAACAUCUCCAGAGUGACCUGUCUCAUAAGCUAAAAAGGAUACAACAUUCUCAGCUUAGUCAGUGAAAACAGAAAAGAUGACAGCAUACAUUUCUCCUACGAUCUGUCACCAUCAAGCUGUCAAAUACCAACUCCCUCUUCCUGUAUCCUGGACCUACUUUUUAACGUCCCUGUGACUGUCAGUUUGCAGGUUCAGACAUGCCUCUUCUGGUCUCUCCAUUCGAGCCUCUCCCACAUGGUAGAGUCCACUACCUCAACAGGUGAGGUUUCAUUAAUGCUUGCACAAAAGUCUUUAAUAAUUCCUGUUGUGGGGGGUGGUAGAUUCCUAAUUACCUCUGGGAGGUUCCGUCCAGCCUUCCUGACUCCAUUGUAGUUGUGUCAAAAGCCCCAGGGAUUUUUAUUUCCUUAGAUCACCUUUGGAUAUGUACCAUGUUCCUACAGGACCUAGCUUCUGUAGGCGCUUGGUCAUGCCCUCCUGCUGUAUACACCUAGUCUCUGUCUCUGCAGGACACAGAGAUAGCUCUUUACAUUUGUUUUAUUAAUUUCUCGCCAUGAAACAUAACUUGUUGACAGACCUUAGAUCCUCCCUCUCAGAUAUGAAGUGAUCUUUGCGUGGGGGAAGAGAGGGAGAAGUUAGCUUUCAGCUGUCAGAAUAGGGGAGGAGAAACUGAAAUGGUAAUCAGUACUGAGAUGUUUCAGAGUAACAGCCCUGUUAGUCUGUAUUUGCAAAAAGAAAAGGAGUACUUGUGGCACCUUAGAGACUAACCAAUUUAUUUGAGCAUAAGCUUUCGUGAGCUACAGUUGCAUCCGAUGAAGUGAGCUGUAGCUCACGAAAGCUUAUGCUCAAAUAAAUUGGUUAGUCUCUAAGGUGCCACAAGUACUCCUUUUCUUUUUGCCAGUACUGAGAUAUAAAUUAUCAAUAGAUUUCAGUUAACCCCCCUUUGUGAUGAAUAGGGGUUCCUGGCACCUUACAUGAUGGAACCCUACAUUUUGUCUCUCCAGCUUUAGAUUCAAGCUGGCCACAGGUUUGGGGGUCACACUCAGAAGUUUUUCUUUAUAACCAUAAGCGCUUAAAAAAUCUAUAAUGAAAGCUUAAAUUCUGCAGAAGCUGACAGGGUCUGGUUCAGUGAAGCACCAUGUGCUGCCUCAGUCUGACCCCUGGUUGCUGUUAGAUGUCACUUUUUGAUGCCUUUCUCCCUGAGCUGAUUUCUCUGGCUUUCCAGGACACCAGGGGCAUUGCUUGGCUAUUUCUGCUCCUUUGGCGGUGGGAGGGCUGUACGUACACAUCUUCUCUUGACUGACUUAAUUUUGUAUUUUCCGGUUUGUUGUGGCCUGGCCAGCCCCACAUCCACAUCCUGCCCCUUCUUUUUGAGUUCUUGGAGCUCCCAGCAUGCUCUCUUUCUCAACAAAUUGGAAUUAAUAAUUAAUAUAAAAAGCUUGAAAAUAUGAAUGUUGUUACAUAGUGUAAUAACUGUAGAUACUAUUGUGAGAUGUAGGAAUCUAUUGGUGAGACAAGGUUAUGUCUGUAAAUAAUCAGUUUAGAACCCAAAUGAUUUUAAUAAAGAGAGAAUUCUUACAUGAGUGAUUCAAUAAACAUUAAUAUACAACA